UUCAAGUUAUACUCUUAUAAAGUGGUCGACAGAUUUGUAGCUAGGUUCCUUUACUCUUGCGGUUUUUAGUCAUUCCAAAUUGUAACUUUCCAACAAAUUCUACUUUCAUUCAAGAUGUCUGACACUGCUUAAUAAGUAGCCAUGCCGAAGCGAAAAAGUAAGCACAGGGAAGAUGAUUCUAAAAGCAUGGAAGAACAACAAGGUGCUUCCUCGGGAGCCGACAAGUUCAGCUACAUUGGACCGGCUACUGAGAAACCUAUGAUGGGAAAGAGCGCCGAUAGUCUUAAAGAACUCGGUCCGCCGACGGAUUGGGAAUUGGUUGAUAGGAUCGGGGAAGGUACUUAUGGAGAGGUUUUCACAGCAAGGAACAAAAUUUCGGGCGAAAUAGCAGCGGCGAAGGUUAUAGAUUCUAUUCACGAGAAAAUUGAAGAAGUUCUUCCAGAGCUGGAUAUCUUGUCAAAGUAUUCUACUCAUUCAAACAUCGCUGAAUUUCAUGGCGCUUUCAUGAACGUCGAUACGAAACGACAUGAUCAAUUAUGGCUAGUGAUGGAGCUGUGCCGCGGCGGAUCAGUGACAAACCUUGUGAAGAGCUUGAGGAAGAAGGGAAAAUAUCUUGAAGAAGACCUGAUAGCCUACAUCCUCUAUGAAACUCUAAAGGGAAUUGAACAUCUUCAUAGGCAUAAUGUGAUGCACAGAGACAUCAAAGGCCCUAAUGUGAUGUUAACAAACAGAGCUGAAAUCAGAUUAAUUGACUUUGGUGUUUCAGCUGAGCUAUCAAACAUCCUAAUGAGGCGCAACUCAUCAGUAGGUACUCCAUUUUGGAUGGCCCCCGAAGUCAUUGCCUGUGAGCAGCAGCUUGACUACAGUUAUGAUGUCCGCUGUGACAUCUGGUCUCUUGGAAUUACAGCUAUUGAACUUGCAGAUGGAACCACGCCACUCUCUGAUCAACAUCCUAUGCGAGCACUUUUUAAAAUUCCUAGGAGCAAGUCACCGUCUAUGAAAAAUCCAGAGAGGUGGUCGCAUGAAUACAGAGACUUUAUUGCAAAGUGCCUGGUGAAAGAUUUCGAGGCUAGAGCUCAUGCCAGUGAUAUGUUAAGUCAUGUAUUUGUCAGAUGGGUAGCAGACAAGAGAGAUGCUCUACGCAGAAAGUUGAUGAGUUUGAUGGAUGGGCAGUACCAAGGUCAAGAUGGGAUUAUGGUUGAAGCCACGAAAGAGAGAGAUCAUGAUGAGCUGCCAAGUCCCUCAGCUGCGCAAAAGCAAAAGCCUCAACGCAGCAAACAGAUGCAGCAGGUUGAUAACCUAGCAGAGUUAGGAAGUCUGACUGAGGACAUUAUUCUCAGCCAUCUUCUGGAAAGAUAUCUAAAUAAUCAGAUAUACACGUACAUUGGUGACAUACUUAUAGCUGUUAAUCCGCUGCAGACUCUCAACCUGUACGAACCAGAAAUUGCAAAAAAGUAUAAAAACUCCCAGAAGAGUGCUUUGCCGCCUCAUAUUUUCAUGGUAGCUGAUAUGACACACCAGGCUAUGAUACACAAUAAGAACCCUCAGUGUUGCUUGAUUAGCGGGGAGAGUGGAGCAGGCAAAACAGUGUCAGCCGACUACCUUGUGCGACAUUUAGCUGAACUUGGAAAGGCUGGAAACAGAACACUUGAAGAGAAGAUCCUUCAGGUCAAUCCCCUCAUGGAAGCUUUGGGAAAUGCACAGACAGUGAUCAAUGAAAACUCCAGCAGAUUUGGGAAAUACUUAGAACUCCAUUUCACACCUAAUGGAGCCCUGAGAGGAGGAAUGCUAUCAGAGUACCUGUUGGAAAAAUCCAGAGUUGUUUCACAAUCAAGAGGAGAAAGGAACUUUCACAUAUUUUAUUACAUGAUCGCUGGUCUGGCAUAUAACAAGAAACUGGAGAAAUAUUCCUUUAAGCUUUAUUCGCAGCACAACUACCUCCAAACAGGAGGGCGAAACCUUCAAGACUUGGUAUGCACUCUUGGAAACAGACGGAAGUUUGAAGAGGUUCAAAGAUGCUUUGACAUCAUUGGCUUCAGUCAUGAGGAAGUGUCACAGUUGUUUUCAAUACUGGCUGCCAUCAUUCAUCUCGGAGACAUUCACUUCACGGAAGACGAGUCAGUUUCGCAUCUGAGCGACAAGAGUAUGGUUAGCAAUCCUCAAGUUCUACUCAUAGUUUCUUCAUUGUUGGGGAUUAAUGCAGUGGAACUCAGAGAUGCAUUGACAACAAAUAGCAAUGUAACAAGAGGAGAGACUAUAGUUAGGAACAACUCUGUCGAUCAAGCAGUUGAUUAUCGCGACGGAAUGGCUAAAGCACUGUACGGCAAGCUAUUUAGUUGGAUUGUUCACCGAAUAAACGCUUUAUUGAGGACAGAGAGAGCACGGCCAGUAGAAAACGAUUACAGAAUAGGAAUACUGGAUAUCUUUGGUUUUGAAAAUUUCAAACGCAAUUCGUUUGAACAGCUGUGCAUAAACAUUGCUAAUGAGCAGAUCCAGUUCUACUUCAACCAGCAAAUUUUCUCAUGGGAGUUGGAAGAAUACCGCUCUGAAGGGAUAUCUCUUGAACGGAUCUCAUUCACUGACAACCGACCUGUUCUGGAUAUGUUUCUGCAGAAACCCAUCGGUCUGCUCGCUCUGUUAGACGAGGAAAGUCGUUUUCCAAGAGCUACAGACUUCACACUCGUGGAAAAAUUCAACAAGAACAUUGAUUGUGUACACUACGAGCAACCGAAAGAGAAUGAUGUUUUUCCUUCGUUUGUCAUUGCACAUUAUGCUGGGCGGGUGAAAUACGAUGCAACCAACUUUCUGGAAAAGAACCGCGACACUCUCUCUCCCGACAUCAUACAAGUGUUGAGAUCAAGCGAUAACCGCCUCGUGCGCACGCUCAUGCAGCAUCCAUUGGCUCGAUCAGGUGUAAGCGUGAAGAAAAACAGUUCUCAGCCUCCCAUGUUCCAGGUGGAGAAAGACAAGAAACUGAACGGCCUUCUGAGCUUGCCAGAAACCAAGCAGAGUCCUCUAUUAGAAUCUAACACCACAUCUCGAUGGCAACAAACAGUCUCUGUUCACUUCAGGUAUUCACUUCGUGAUUUGCUAGCCAAACUUUUACCCGCGGAAUCUCACUUUGUGCGGUGUAUCAGACCAAAUGAACAGAUGAUUGCGGGCAGAUUUGACCAGGAAAAGGUCCAAACCCAACUCAGAUACACUGGUGUGUUAGAAACCACCAGAAUUCGUCAGCAGGGAUAUUCGGAGAGAAUCACGUUUGCAGAAUUCGUGAAAAGAUACCAAGUGAUUGCCUACCCCCUGCACAAGAGAGCGCCAUGUGACGCUGCAGCCUGUACAGAGAUCUUGAGAAAAAGUAAAAUACAAAAGUGGCUCAUCGGGCGAACGAAAGUGUUCCUCAAAUAUUAUCAUGUAGAGGAGCUUGCUAUGCUUCUGGAAAUAUACAGGAAGAAGGUUAUUACUAUACAGAGAGUCGUCCGAGGGUGGUUAGUUCGCAGACAGUAUGAGUCAGUCAGGCGGCGAAGACAUCAGGCAGCAACAGUCAUUCAGAAACAUUCGCGUGGUUACCUAGCCAGGAAGCAUCAUCAACAGGAAAUGAAUAAGAAACACUUUGCAGCUUGCGUCAUUCAGAGAGCUUAUCGUCGUCUGGUUCAACGAAGAAGAUUCACUUGGUGGCUGAAAUGGUACAAUGUUCAACAGAGAAGAAAAGCCAAAAGUGCCAUCAAAAUACAAGCUGUGGUGCGUGGUUAUCUAGCGAGGAAACACUAUCGGCGCCUGCGUCGACUGAGAAUCGAAAUGGCCAUCAAACUCCAAGCAGUGUAUCGUGGGCGCCUCCUGAGAAAGAACUACGCAGAUAUUAGAAGAAAACAGAAAGUGUUAAAAUUUCGACAUAUGGCCAAGGUUAGAGCAGUGGUUCGACUUCAGUCAGCGUUUCGCGGUUACAAAGCCCGCAAAUACGUUUCCGAGCUAAAAUCAGAAGCAGAUAAAAGGGAAACAAAUAUGAUUUACUUCUUCCAACAAGUGGAAGAUUCGUCGGACAGUUUUUUCAGAGCCCAGAAGGGUCAUAAGAGGGCGAAUAUCAAAAUGGACCGUGUUGUUGUCAAAGAAGGAAAGCACCAGGACCCUACAGAGUUCUGGUCAACCCCGAAAGAUGACGAAGAAGCAGUGGCCUCGCAGCAAGAGACGCAGACUAUUUUCUUCAUCCAACAGGCAAAUACGUCGUGGGCAACUCUACUGGAUCACUCCAAAAAACACCAACCCUCAGUACCACGCGGCCCACAGAGUCAAGUGAGACCACCCAUGCGCAAACAUGACCAGGCCCCUGCCAGCGAUUCCCCUCGUGUACCACAAAGACGAAGUUUUGAAAUUCGGCCAAAAGAAGUCUUGUUAGCUGAGAUGCAGAAUAAGGAGUCGCCACGAAGUAGUCGCAAUUACAGGAAAGAGGUUUGGUCUGCGGGAGACGAAACAUACUUUAGGCAGUUUGCGGAUGAAAGAUUGAAGAAAGAUUCUAAAGAUCAAGGACGUCGUAUCCAAGACAUGUUAUCUAUCGUGGAAGGAAGUCCGUCUGAUACUGAUGAGGGGAAAGACAAGCCUGUUAAAGAAACGAUAAAGCCGACUCCUCGAGUAGCAAGGGCUAAAAGUUUCUUUGAAAAUCAAGAUCAACCGCCAGAACCUAAGCCCAUCGUUAGAAGAACAACGAGUAAUGAAUGGAAGCCAAAACCUGCUCCUCAGGAAUCUGCUAAAAAGCCUGUAUCUCCACCAGCAGCCCGAGAAAAACCUGCUUACGUGAAACCGAAACCUAAGGAGCCUCAAAACCAAGCGGAUCUAGUAAAAAUUGCUUUAGCUCAGCAGGCUGGACCGGUCAAACCGGAUUUACAGCGCAGACCACGCUCAAUCUCUGCACCUCCUCAAGAAUCGCCUCGUAUUCCUCCACCCGAUUAUAAACUACCUCGAGGAAAACUCGGAUAUCUACGUCACGUGACUCCAGGACCUAAACGAGUGUUGCCAGAGAACUUUCACGUAGAAGAUAUUAAUUUGAGACACAUUUAUCGCUCCAACCCGUCCACUCCAACCCAAACCCCUCGUUACUCUCACCUCCUGCGGAAGACUGGGAAGAGAGGAGAACUGGGAAUAGCAGAUGACGAUGACAAUAGUGACGUAACUCGCAUAUCUUUUAAUGUGCCUUUGAUUGGUGUGACAUGAAAGUAAAGCUUGCGGAUUCAAAGUCCUUAAAAGCUUUUUUCAGCCUAAUCCUAACCGGGAAGGGAUGUUACAGUUAAGUUCCCCUUACAAUGAACAAUACUUUAUCUUGUUAACCCAGCCAAAGGGUUAUAUUUAUUGAAUUUACAAGGGAAUGUGAUGCAAUAUCAGAGGCAGAAUAAGCAAUGAGAUAUUAAUGAAAGAAGAAACAAGGAAAAUGUAAAAAUCAAAAAUUGGUAAAGUUUAGUUCGUUAAUCAUAAAGCCCUUUCCAAAGACCUCAACAGUCUCUAAAGUGAACCGGGAGAAUUGUAAUGUACUGUAUUUAAACAGGAAGAGAAAGAUAUUAAAUAUAUUUAUGCUUAUUUAGGGAUUAAAUUAACCCCAAAGUCUUCUCGUUGAAAGGACAGUUACUAUCUUAAUGCUUGUGCAGUGAAAGUUCUUGUUAUAGUGAAUUACAGUACUUAUUAAACAGCCACAUCAUAAAACAGUCGCAUCAGGGCCACAGACGUUCUUUCGGGUCACCA